UCCGGGUGAGCAGAUUUCCUUAUCCGGGAAUCGCAGGCGGGGUGGCCAUUGGCUCCGAGGAUCACGUGGGCCCCUAACUUUGUUCACUUGACAGUAAGUAGGAGGGCUUUCGGAAACAGGAAAACGAGUCAGGGGGUCGGAAUAAAUUUUAGUAUAUUUUGUGGGCAAUUCCCAGAAAUUAAUGGCUAUGAGUUCUUUUUUGAUCAACUCAAACUAUGUCGACCCCAAGUUCCCUCCGUGCGAGGAAUAUUCACAGAGCGAUUACCUACCCAGCGACCACUCGCCCGGGUACUACGCCGGCGGCCAGAGGCGAGAGAGCAGCUUCCAGCCGGAGGCGGGCUUCGGGCGGCGGGCGGCGUGCACCGUGCAGCGCUACGCGGCCUGCCGAGACCCCGGGCCCCCGCCACCCCCGCCGCCGCCCCCGCCGCCGCCGCCGCCGCCGCCGCCCGGCCUGUCCCCUCGGGCUCCCGUGCCGCCACCCGCCGGGGCCCUCCUCUCGGAGCCCGGCCAGCGGUGCGAGGCGGUCAGCAGCAGCCCCCCGCCGCCUCCCUGCGCCCAGAACCCCCUGCAUCCCAGCCCGUCCCACUCCGCGUGCAAAGAGCCCGUCGUCUACCCCUGGAUGCGCAAAGUUCACGUGAGCACGGUAAACCCCAAUUACGCCGGCGGAGAGCCCAAGCGCUCCCGGACUGCCUACACUCGCCAGCAGGUCUUGGAGCUGGAGAAGGAAUUUCACUACAACCGCUACCUGACUCGGCGCCGGAGGGUGGAGAUCGCCCAUGCGCUCUGCCUGUCCGAGCGCCAGAUCAAGAUCUGGUUCCAGAACCGGCGCAUGAAGUGGAAGAAAGACCACAAGUUGCCUAACACCAAGAUACGCUCGGGUGGCACCGCAGGCGCAACCGGAGGCCCCCCUGGCCGACCCAACGGAGGCCCCCCUGGCCUCUAGUGCCCACCCCAACAGGAGCCUCAAACCUGGGGGAAUGGGGGUGGGCAGCAAGUACAGAGAUGGGGGGUAUGUGGGGUGUGGGAAGGGACCAUCCCCUCUGGGGCCUGGGCCAGGGAAAAAUCCCUAUUCACCCUUUCUCACUUUAUAUGAAUAAACACAGAGAAGGGAGAUAGGGAAGCUUUAUUUAUAAAAGUGACAAUAGGAAUAGGAAGCCGGGGAUGCCCACCAGAAGCAGGAUUCAGGUCUCUUGCUUUCUUCCAAGAAAAGAAGAAAGGAACUAAGGAAGGAAGGAAGGAAGAAAGAAAGAAAGAAAGAAAAAGAAAGAAAGGAAGGAAGGAAGAAGAAAAAGACAGAAAGAGAAAUAGGAGGAGACUUCAGCUCCUCAUUUUCAGCUUUGGCGAAGAUGGAUCCACGUUUCAUCUUUAAUCACGCCAGGCCUGGGCCCAUCUGUCUUGUUUACUCUGCCGAGGAGAGGACGGGCCUCGGUGGCGACCAUUACCUCGACACUCGGCUAACAAAUGAGGCCAGGCCAGGCCGCCGCCUCUGCUGCUGCCGCUGCUGCCACUGCUGGAACACAGCCUGGAUUUUUUUUUUUCCUUUGUCCCUUACCCCUGACACCCAGCGAAAGCACCCUCUGACUGCCAAGAUAGCACAGUGUUUUGGCCAUGGUAACAAAAUACACACAUAACCUCCCUCCCUCUGUGCCCGGUCAAGGGGGACAAUGACUACUCACUCAACUCCCUUCCACCAUGGGGCUGGAAAGGGAAGAGUUUGGGGGCCAGCUUGGACAAAGCAGGAACUGUCAGGGAAACUGAGUCUCAGAAAAAAGAAAAAAAGGACUGGGAUACCCCAGGAGGGGAAGGCCUAGUCAUGCCUGGCAGGGUAAGGGUACAGUUGAGUUCUGUGAGCUGGGCAUGAUGACUAUGGCUAGCGUUGUACAGCAGAGGCCCAAUCCUAGACUGAAAAUGAAUGUGAAACUAGGAAAUAAAAUGCGACCCUCCCAUGCUGGGAGGGUGAUGUUGCAGAACCUCUUCCAUAGUUUUAUCAGUGUUGCAUCGUUUAUUAUUAUUCUUAAUAUUAUUAUUAUUUUAUGUCGUGUUCGUCCUCUCUCCUGUUUUCUGACAUUCCAAACCAGGCCCCUUCCUUCAGGGGCUGCCUGAGCUAGAACCUUUCGUUGGUGUGAAAAUUGGUAUCCUGUACAGAGUGACAAUAGAAAUAAAUGUUUGGUUUCUUGUGACCAUCA